AUGGCUUUCCGAGCCUCUUUCCGCCGCGUGGCCCUCGCCCGUCCCUCGCCCGCCAUCCGCAGCUUCCACACCACGCCCCGCGCCUUUGUCAAGGCCGGCGAUGAACUGCCCGACUUUGAUGGCCUCUUUGAGAACUCCCCCGGCAACAAGGUCAACUUGUCCGAGGAGUUCAAGUCGUCUAAUGGGUACAUUGUUGGCGUCCCUGGGGCCUUUACUGGUACCUGUUCGAGCUUACAUGUUCCUUCGUAUAUCAACCACCCGAGGUUGAAGGAGGCAGGCCAGGUGUUUGUUGUUUCCGUCAACGACCCGUUUGUUAUGAAGGCUUGGGCCGAGCAGCUUGAUCCUGCCGGGGAGACUGGCAUUCGCUUCAUUGCCGAUCCCUCGGCGGAAUUCACCAAGGCACUAGACAUUGGGUUUGACGGCUCCGCAAUCUUUGGAGGCGUGCGUAGCAAGCGCUAUGCUUUAAAGAUUGAAAAUGGCAAGGUCUCCAAGACGUUUAUUGAACCCGACGGCACUGGUGCUGACGUUUCUAUGGCGGAAAAGGUUCUUGGCUAG